AUGGCGUUGCAGCUCAAAUUUAUGAGGAAAUGGGCUUCAAGGUUGAUCGUGCCAGCCCCAUAUACAAGUCUUUUCUCAACCUUACAGAUUCAGUGCUGCAGAUCUCUGGACAAUAUGUCGUUAGUUAGUAGUACUAGUAGACAUCAUCAGUUGAGGCUAUCCCACCUUCCACCAUCAGUUCAGUCCACCUCCAUAAUCUACUCUUUUAUCUAUUCCAACUAG